AUGGCUGGUACAGUCAUGCGACAUCGCCUGCAUGACGACGCCCGGCGCUGUUCUUGCGAGGGAGAAAGGGAGGGCGAGAGGGGCGACGGCGGCCAGGAGGCGGCUCCCCGCGUCCCCGAGCAGCGGCGCAGCUUUCACAUCCUCGCGGCCUGGGCGGGCGUGGCUGGCCUUGCGGCCUCACCGGAGCCGGCCAUGGUGGCGCGGUCGGCGUCGGUGCCAGGCUCGUGGCCUGGGCAGGCGCGGGCUGAGGGUGCACGGGCUGGGCGCGGACGGACGGAGCACGAGCUGGGCGGAUGGAAGUUGCGGCCGAGGCGGACGCGUGGGUGUGGCCCUGGGGCCUCGCCGGAGCCAGCCAUGGUGGACGCAGCCGUCGCUCGUGGCGGGCUCGCGCCGCCGCUGAAGCCAGACGGGCCUUGGCCCCGUGAUUCACGCUUUGUGCUUUCGGACGACAAGCGUGCAGAGACGGCGCGUGCAGCGGGCUUGGCAGACGUGGCGCUCCAACGCCAAGGUGAGCCACGGGUCAUUUACAACAGAGAAACAGACCGAAGUCGUGGAUUUGGGUUUGUCACUAUGAGCACUGUCGAGGAGGCUGAGAAGGCUGUGGAGAUGCUCCAUCGCUAUGAUGUCAAUGGAAGGCUUCUGACUGUAAAUAAAGCAGCUCCUAGAGGCUCUCGUGUGGACAGACCUCCCAGACAAUCUGGGCCUUCUCUCAGGAUUUAUGUUGGCAACCUGCCUUGGCAAGUGGAUGAUUCUAGAUUGGUGCAGUUGUUCAGCGAGCAUGGUAAAGUAGUUGAUGCCAGAGUUGUCUAUGACCGAGAAUCUGGGCGUUCGCGGGGAUUUGGUUUCGUGACUAUGGCAACACAGGACGAAUUGGACGAUGCUAUUGCUGCCCUAGAUGGACAGUUUGGCUCUUCUGCUUUCUGGGCGAGAUCAUGUUCAGGACACGUACACUUGUAG